CUUAUGAGCCUAUUGCUCGCCAGCAGGAUGUUAGCCAGCUUUCCUAGGUCAGUGGGUUACACCCUCUCCUUCCAGCUGCUGAUUUAAGGGAAGGAAUCCCUGCCAAAUUUCUCAUCCUGAUAUUCUGGUGGGGCUUGUUUGUUUCCUUUCGUCUUUUUCUCUUCCUCUGUUCUUUAAAAGGGAGAUGAAAUGAGCACGUUGCGCCUUCAUGACUUCAGUUUAGAGGAUCUGUGUUCCCUGGGAGCAGCCCCAAACGUUUUCUGGCCAUGUGCAAAGGACAUCGCCUCUGCUGAAGGACUUUUUUUCUGUUACCAGCUCCUUGGAAAGAACUUGGAAAUGUUCCUCCCUGCCUUGAUGCAACGGUUUGGAGAGAUCGGUGCAGCUUCUCUUUCUCGUGGGGAAGAAAAGUGUGAGCUACGAGGCAGAAGCGGCGGAAAAUUCAACUAAUCCCAAAGGGACACCUUGAUUUCUUGGCACCAGACAACACACGUCCACUUCAGCAGUCCUCGUAAGAAAUGCUGGUUUCAUUCAAACACAGCUGGCCAACUCUGAGCAGCUGUUGAUACAGUCCAGGAUCAAUUCCUCUGAAGGCGUGGACCCAGGAGUCUGGCAUUUCCUCACUGUAGGUCAUGGAUCUACCUUAUAAUUUUACGGACUACUAUGAUGAUUCAAGCCGCUACUACAGUGACGACUACUACAUCACCACCGAUGAAAGCCAUCGGACAAAGGAACCAGCCCAAGACUUUACAUUCAUCACUCGGAUCUUUGCUCUCCUAAUCUUCACAGUCACUUGCAUUCUGGGCCUCCUGGGCAACGGCUUGGUCAUUGCUGUCAUCACGCUCAAGAUGAAGAAGUCGGUCAAUGCCAUCUGGUUCCUUAAUUUGGCGGUGGCCGACUUCCUCUUCAAUGUCUUCCUGCCCUUGAACAUUGCCUACACUGCCAUGGGCUACCAUUGGGUCUUCGGCAAAGGAAUGUGUAAGGUCAACACCUUCCUUCUUAUUCUCAAUAUGUACACCAGUGUGUUCUUGUUGACCAUGAUCAGCAUCGAUCGCUGCAUCUCAGUGGCUUUUCCAGUCUGGUCUCAAAACCACCGGAAUCCUAAGAUUGCUUGGUUCCUGUGUGCCCUCAUCUGGGUUCUUGGCUUUCUGUUGAGUUCUCCCGCCCUUCUUUUUCGGGACACAGCAAUGUAUCAAGACCGUGUCAUUUGUUUUAACAACUACUCUUUGUCCAGCCUUUCAACUCACCACCAUCUAGGCGAUAAGAGGCAUAAGACGGUCACCAUCCUGCGGUUCCUGGCUGGUUUCAUAGUACCAAUGACUGUCAUCACAGUGUGUUACAUUAUCAUUAUUGCCCGCCUGAAAAGAAACCGCCUCGCCAAGUCCAAAAAGCCCUUGAGAAUCAUCAUUGCCAUUAUAAUGACUUUCUUCUUCUGUUGGUGCCCAUACCAUGUGCUCAACCUCAUGGAAACCCAGCACCACUUUCUCAGCAAAACCAUCCUUGAGAAUGGAAUACCAAUUGUCACGGCCAUUGCUGUUUCCAACAGUUGCAUGAACCCUGUUCUUUAUGUCUUCAUGGGCCAAGAUUUCAAAAAGUUUAAGGUGACUGUCCUGUCCAGGCUGGCCAAUGCGCUGAGUGAGGACACUGUCCAUUCAACGAUUGCCCGCAGGAGCUUCACAAAACCCUCUUCAAUGUCUGAAAAGGAGACAAUUCUAGUCUGAGCUGUAGAAUAUACGCAUCUGUUGGUCUGCUCACAGAGGCAAGGAGGAGGUUGGAUUUUGCAGAGUGGCUUUUCCAACUCCAACCUGAUAUUCCCGGGGCUUCUAAAUUUUCAGUGGUUCCGAAAAAGGAAUUAUGCAUCAUAUCAAUACAAUGCUGUCAUCCAUCCUCAUGGGGUAAAUUACAAAGGCCAUCCCAUAAACAUUUGCCCAUAGUCACCCUUGCAAGCUUCAAGGCCAAGUCUUCAAAAUUGAACUUCGCUGCAUUAAACUAUCCUUCAGUAAUGAAAAAACAGGAACUAUGGAAUAAACUCUGUUGUUCAUGCUCCCUUGCUCCAAACAUUUGAAAGUGUAGGACAGAUUUUCAAUAGGCUAGAGCAGAGAGAACACUGUAGGCUUAGUUUUUAAAAUAACAAUUAUCUGAUUGCAACUAUGCAUGUUGAAGACGGCACAGAAGCAAGCAGGCCGUGCUGCUUCCAAAGCAAUAUU